AUGUGUACAGAUGAGGAAAUUACGGCUAUGACGGAAUUUCUCAAUGAAGAAAUUGAAAGUAUUAAAAUUAUUCAAUUAGUAUCACUGAAUAUGACGAAGGAUGAGCGAAAUUUUGUAAAUCGAAUGGAAAAUAUUAACAAUUUGGCAUCACUUCGAGACUUUUAUCUCAACAAAUACAAUAGUUUGCCGCAUGAUCAAUAUGAGAUGCUACGAAGAUCGCACAAUAAAGUUUGGAAUAAAUUCGUAAAUAGUAAUUUGAAAGCGAAUAUUGCAUAUUUUCUGAAUGCAUUAACACCAAACGAUAACAAUCAACUGAGAGCUUACGGUAUGCUAUCAGAAGAAGAUAAGCUUGUCGCAUUUAUUAACGAGAUUGCCGUAACGAAUUUUACUAGCAUCGAUAAACGUGAAGUUGAGCACUAUUUAAAAGAUCUCUUUAUGUCAUUAAAACUUGAACAGCACACAGUGAUUGAAUAA